GAGGCAUGAAGUUUUUUUCUUUUUUCUUUUUAAUUAAUUUUCUUUCCAAUUUUUAAUUUAUUUAUCUUCCUUUAAAUUCAAUCCUCAGAUCUUUGUAAGAGUCAUCCAUAUCAAACCCUUCACUCGCCUGAAAAAUUUUGAACCUGCCUCAGUUAAAGUUUUGCAUUUUUUUGCCUCGCUUGGUUGGGUGAGGGUACUGUUCAAGCUUUGGAACUUCUUCACAACCUGCAUCUUCAAUGGCUACUGAAGAGGUUAACAAACCUCCAUCGCUUCCUCCAUACCCUGAGAUGAUAAUGAAAGCACUGGAAGCCCUGAAUGAACCCAGCGGAUCUAACAAAUCAGCGAUAUCUAAGUACAUAGAAUCUACCUAUGGUGAGUUACCAGAAGGCCACUCAACCCUUUUGUCACAUCACCUCAACAAGAUGAAAGAUGGUGGAGAACUUGUGUUCUGGAAGAACAACUACAUGAAACCUGACCCAAAUGCCCCACCAAGGAGAGGCCGUGGAAGGCCCCCAAAACCAAAGGUUCCUUUGCCUCCAGGCACUGUUCUGUCCCCUCCAAGGCCAAGGGGUCGCCCCCCAAAGGACCCGAAUGCCCCACCAAAGCCACCAAAGGCUAAGGUGUCCACUGGAAGUGGCAGGCCUAGGGGUAGGCCAAAGAAGAUUGCUCGGUCACCGGCGGUGGCGGCUCCUGCCACCGUCUCUAGUGGAAGGCCAAGAGGUAGACCUCCCAAGGUGAAGCCUCAAUUGACAGAAGUCAGUGUUGAAUCAUAGAGUGGUUCCUUUGUCUUGAUGUCAAAUGUAGUGAUCUACUUCGUAGAAGUGGUGGGUGUGGUCUUAGAUUUUGUGUUAAUGUAAUUGCUUUGUAAAAUUAUGUAGUGGUAGCUAGCUUAUUAUGAGGCUUUGUUGGUUUUUCUUUCUAAUUAUCAAAGAGGACAGUGACUUGAGCUGAUGAUGAUUUAGUUACCUUCUCAUUGUUGUGUUCUCAAGUUCUAACUUAAAAAUUCAUAAUGUGGAAAAGGGUUGUUGUUUCAGACUUUAAUGUGGUUGUUAUUCUUGGUGGGUGUGUGGCCAAAGCGAUCAUUAAGAACACCCCGUAUUUAAAACAAGUUUAUGAGUCAAUGUGUGAAAGCCCUGUAGAUAAAGAUAGGGAAAGGAGAAGCUCAAGGUGAUAUGAUGUAAUAAGUUUGACUCUUGCUUGAUAUCUGGACAUCAACUUAUGUAAGAACCUCGUACGCUACAAUCUAUAUUCCCAUGUUUUCGUUGAUAAGACCUCUUCAGUGUGCUGUGAAGUCGUUGUUUCCUUGGUGGAGAAAAUUCCCUGGCCUGGUUUGACCACUAGCCGUAUUGUUAUGUCCUUUCUUUCUAUCGUCUCUUUCUCUCUCCGCGGUGAGACAGAUUGGUACCUUGUGUCAUUGGUCAAAUACUCAAUUUUGCAUUGAGUCAGCACUGAGUUGGUCACAGUAUGGAAAUGGAAUUUAAAUUUUGGGUCACGAAGGGGUGGAUCCUAAUGGGAUUCAAUUAUAUGGUCUUUACGACUUUAACCCUUACGAAGUUCGAUAAAUGAUGGACCUUCAUAUGAACGCCAUGUGCCUAGUAUUUUGGAUGCUGAAUAUGAACCGUAUUUUCCUUAAUCGUUUUUUUCAUUGGAAGGAUCUUCAGGAAGUUUAAAAUUUUUUACACUAUUUAAUUUUUUUGAUUUAAUUUAUAUUUAACUAUUAGUAAAAUAAUAAAUUAUAAUUUGUUAAAUGUAAGUUAAAUAAAUUUUUUUUAAAUUUAUAUCAAUGUAAGAAUAUGCUG